CUGCGCGUGUCGCCAUGGUGACGGCGCGCGGCUUGACUGCGUGACGCGUUGACAGGUUGCGCGCGCGCGCGGCUGUAGUGUAGUGCUGUGCGCGAGCAUGUACUCCAAGAGCGCGCGGGUGCCGUCGGACAGUCAAGCCCGAGAGAAGUUAGCCCUUUAUGUUUAUGAAUAUCUGCUGCAUGUCGGAGCACAGAAAUCAGCACAGACCUUCCUCUCAGAGAUCCGAUGGGAGAAGAACAUCACGCUGGGAGAGCCACCUGGGUUCCUUCACUCCUGGUGGUGUGUUUUCUGGGAUCUCUACUGUGCAGCUCCAGAAAGGAGAGAAACAUGUGAACAUUCAAGUGAGGCCAAAGCUUUCCAUGACUAUAGUGCAGCAGCAGCCGUACCCAGCCCUGCAAGUGGGAAUCUCCCUCCCGGAGAGGGAAUGUCGUUACCCCCUGGAUUCUUCCAGCAGUUCAUGUCCCCUCGUUGCCCCGGAGGCCCCAGAGCUCCUCUCAGAAUGCCCACUCAGGCAAUGGGCCCAGGCAGCCAGCCACUCUUAAGUGGGAUGGAUCCUAUGAGACAGCCAAGUGAGAUGUUUCCCACUAUUCUCAGCCAUCUUCACAUGAAUGGGCCAAUGCAGAGAAUGAUGCCUCCAAGAGGAAUGGUUCCUAUUGGACCACAGAACUUGGCAGGUGGAAUGAGGCCUCCUGUACAUUCAUUAAUGGGACCAGCAAUGCCUGGCAUGGCUCCAGGAGGAGGGAGGUCUUGGAUAAAUCCUCCAAAUACCAACUCGAUUCCAUACUCAUCCUCAUCUCCAGGAAGUUACACAGGUCCAACAGGAAGUGGAGGAGGAGCUCCAGGGACACCAGUCAUGCCCAGUCCUGCAGAGUCAACCAGUUCAGGGGACAACAUGUACAGUGUGAUGAAUUCAAUCCAUCCAAAUGGAAACAGGCCAAAUUUUCCUGUUGGUCCUUGUGUUGAUGGUACAAUGGGAGGAGUUGCAGGAAUAGAAAGCCAUCCUCUUAACGGCUCAUUAGCAUCAGGUGACAUUGACAGCCUCCCAAAGAGCUCCCCUGGGAACCUAAGUAUGAACACCCAGCCCAGUACACCAAGAGGUGAUGGAGAAAUGGCAAACAGCUUCCUCAACCCCUUCCAGAACGAGAGCUACUCUCCCAACAUGACGAUGAGCGUGUGAGACUGAAUGGAGCACCGAAGAAACAAUUGCACUUGGAUUCUCCUCAUCGAUGGACAUUCAAACAUUUUCCUGAUCCAGCACAGCCAAUCUGAACGAACCACAUGCAGGCUUGUUAGGCUUGUUUUAGUCUGUCUCUGUAGCUCAAGUGUGGAAAAAGAAGACUCCAAAUGUUUCUGCAGGAUUUCUGCUUCAUCUCUCGUGCUGUCUGUCUGUCUGUCUGUCUGUUGUAACUGUAUCUUAAUGCGUAAGAUAAUGUGUAAUGUUAUCUUUGAGUCAUUUUGUUAAAUUUUGUGGGGAAUUUCUUCUGAUAUGAAAGGAACACAGCAGUGGGGAUUGCUGCUUUUUUUUAAAGGAAGCAUCACUGUUAGCCAGCUGUCUACAAAUGCGAUGUAUUUUUUUAAUUGACCCUGAGGAUUCCAUGGAAAGGGAUGUUGAUAGAAAGCUUAUGUUUCUUGUUUUUAAAGUGGCCAAGUUCUUUUCCGAUUAUUGUGUAUAUUGUGGCAGUUUCAAUUAUCGAUUACAUUUUUCUUGCACAUUUCCUGUAACAAUACAUUUUGUUUACAUAAUACAA